GCGCUCUCAGCCAUGGAAAGCCCCGGGGAGCCAGGAGCUGGGCCUCUCGGAGCCCCCAGCCUGUCCAACUUCGCACCUGGGCGCCCGGAGAGAGAAAAGCCCGCGGAGGACCCCCCCUACGACGUGCCUGGAGCCGGCGGGCGGCCGGCGGGCGGGCCCCAGCGGCCGGGGCGCAGCGUGAGCCUGCGGGAGCGCCUGCUGCUCACGCGGCCGGUGUGGCUGCAGCUGCGGGCCAACGCCGCGGCCGCGCUGCACGUGCUGAGGACUGAGCCCCCCGGGACGUUUCUGGUGCGGAAAUCCAACACUCGCGGGUGCCAAGCCCUGUGCGUGCGGCUGCCCGAAGCCAGCGGCCCCUCCUUUGUCUCCAGCCACUACAUCCAGGAGAGCCCUGAGGGCGUCUCCUUGGAGGGCUCAGAGCUCAUGUUCCCAGACCUGGUCCAGCUCAUCUGCGCCUACUGCCACAGCCGGGACAUCCUCCUCCUCCCGCUCCAGCUCCCCAGAGCCAUCUGCCAGGCAGCCACCCACAAGGAACUGGAAGCCAUCUCCCAUCUGGGCAUUGAGUUCUGGAGCUCCUCCCUCAACACCAAGGCCCAGCUGGGCCCGUCUGAAGGCCAGCUGCUGCCCCGGCUGAAGCCCCGGUCCCCACAAGAGCUGGACCAGGGCACAGGAGCCGCCCUGUGCUUCUUCAAUCCCCUGUUCCCAGGGGACCUGGGCCCCACCAAGCGGGAAAAAUUCAAGAGGAGCUUCAAAGUGCGUGUGUCCACCGAGACCUCCAGCCCUCUGUCACCACCUGCCGUGCCACCUCCCCCAGUCCCCGUGCUGCCAGGUGCAGCCCCCAGCCAGACAGAAAGCGUCCCCCCUCACCAGCUUCUGCAAAGGGAGAGCUCAGUGGGGUACCGUGUGCCAGGGGGCCCCAGGCCCAGCCUCCCACCUCUGCCCUCCCUCCAGGAGGUAGACUGCGGCUCCCCUAGCAGUUCAGAAGAGGAGGGGGCGCCGGGGUCCCAGGGAAGCCCAGCGACCUCCCCUGGCCUGGGCCGCCGGCGGCCCCUGCUUCGGUCCAUGAGCGCGGCCUUCUGCUCCCUGCUGGCGCCCGAGCGGCAGGUGGGCCGGGCCGCCGCGGCCCUGGUGCAGGACCGACACACGGCUGUGGGCCAGCUGGUACAGGACCUACUGACCCAGGUGCGGGCUGGCCCUGCGCCCCGGGAGCUGCAGGGGGUCCGAGAGGCACUAAGCCGGGCACGGGCCAUGCUGAGCGCGGAGCUGGGCCCUGAGAAGCUGCUGCCUCCUGAGAGACUGGAACACACCUUGGAGAAGUCGCUGCAUCGCUCCGUGCUCAAGCCUCUCCGGCCCAUCCUGGCGGCCCGCCUGCGACGCCGGCUCUCCGCCAAUGGCUCCCUGGGCCGCCUGGCCGAAGGCCUGCGCCUGGCCCGGGCCCAGGGCUCCGGAGCCUUUGGGGCUCACGUGAGCCUGCCCUCCCCGGCUGAGGUGGAGCAGGUUCGCCACAAGCUGCUGCAGCUGCUCCGGGCCUACUCGCCCAGCGCCCAGGUCAAGCGGCUCCUGCAGGCCUGCAAGCUGCUCUACACAGCGCUGAGGACCGAAGCGGGGGAGGCCGCGGGGGCAGAUGAGUUCCUCCCACUGCUGAGCCUUGUCCUGGCCCAGUGCGACCUUCCCGAGCUGCUGCUGGAAGCUGAGUACAUGUCGGAGCUGCUGGAGCCCACCCUGCUCACCGGAGAGGGCGGUUACUACCUGACCAGCCUCUCCGCCAGCCUGGCCCUGCUGAGUGGCCUGGACCAGGCCCACAGCGCGCCCUUGAGCCCCUCACAGGAGCUGCAGCGCUCCCUCAGCCUCUGGGAGCAGCGCCGCCUGCCGGCCACCCACAGCCUCCAGUGCCUCCUCCGAGUAGCCCACCAGGACCCCAGCAGUGGCUGCACCUCCAAGACCCUGGCUGUGCCUCCAGGGGCCUCGAUUGCCACCCUGAACCAGCUCUGUGCCACCAAGUUCCGAGUGACCCAGCCCGACACGUUUGGCCUGUUCCUGUACAAGGAGCAGGGCUACCACCGCCUGCCCCCCGGAGCCCUGGCCCACAGGCUCCCCGCAACCAGUUACCUUGUCUACCGCAGGGCAGAGCGGCCUGAGACCCAGGGGGCCUCGCCUGGGGCUACACUGGAGUUUGGCAGCGGGGAGCCAGAGGCGGGAGGCAGGGAGUUGGAGAAAGGGGGCCAGGGAGAUGGGGACAUCGGGGUCGAAGCCGGUCCUAGGGAUAGCCAGGGAGAGUCUGACACCAGUGCUGAGAGGGCCAAAGCAGGGAUGGGCCAGGCCAGGGGGGCCCCUGCUCAGCCGGGGGGGCCAGAGGCUGCGGGAAGCCAGGCAGCAGAGGAGUAGCCGGAAGUGUUCAGAAGGGUCAUUUGAGACAGAAAGCUGAGCCUGCUGGGAAGGCCUCUCCGAGCCGUCAGCCCCACCCCUGCAGGCUUCCCCACCCCAGCCACUCCUGAGUCCGCCACCGCCCCGUCCGAUACUUCCCUCCGUGAUCACACCUGCUGGGGUGGCGCCUGGCCUGGCCGCUACAGAAUACUGGAAUCAAGCUGAGUGGGUUUGAGGGACCCCAGACCCAGGGCUCAGGCCCUCUGCCUCUCGCCCUUCCCUCCCAGCUGGAGGCCAGGCAGCCGUCAGUGCCGUAUGUCCAACAGGGGACAAACCCAACAGGUGCCCCUCCCAGCUGCUGUCUUCAGGGCCGAGAAAGGCUUCACCUGUUCCUGGGUGUCACGGGCCCAGAGCCAACACGGGCCCAGAGCUCAGGCCAGCUGUAGCCCAGCUGGAGGACCAGAAGCUCCAGACUUCAGUGUCCUGGAAAGAGAGGGUGCCCUGCCUUCUCCCACAAGUCCCCCAGAGGCCAAAUGGAUGGUUUUGCUGCAAAGCAGAGCUCCGGCUAAAAGGAAGGGGAGAGUAGGAGGUGGGAUGUUAGCGGACCAGUCCUCCCAGGGUCUGUUGUGUGCAUCCACCAAAGGCUGUCGUCCCGCCACUCGGGGGAGAUCCAAGAGAUCAGGUCUGGCCCAGGGAGCACCCAGGUCCCAGUCUUUCUUUAAGGAGGGAUUUUCUGCCAUGCACUCUGGCAUCCCAGGGGACUUGGACAGGGGAGAUGGGCUUCCGAAACAGAAGGGGUGCUUGGAAACCAUUUUCUCUGCACUUAACUCUUCUGGACCUCACAAGAGCUCCGCGGAAGGCUGGGCAUGGCUUAUUACACACUGUUUGAGAAAGUGACUCCUAAGAUACCCAUCGCAUAGCCGGCCAUUACAGCCUCCCCGCCCAAACCAGGGUGUCAGGCUCCAACUACAUGCCCUUUCUUCUAAGCCACCAAUAAAUUAAACCUAAAGGCCCUACAACCCCAAGUUGGGGCCCAGGGCAGGGAGCCAAUGGGAGCAAAGGAAAUGCCACUGAUGACCACAGGGGGGUGCGCGUGGCCCAGGAAGUGGCCAGUCGGUAAUUGCCAGGGGCGAGUGUGUCUCCAGGGCCAAAGCCCGAAGCGAGUUAGGUGGCCAGAGACCCUGUACUCCUGCAGCUACCAGGCAACCUGGGGUCAGCGCAGGGCCCAGCGCUGCCAGCCUUCAGCUCCCAGGUUUCAGGCAGACUCCGGAGGAAUCACUCCCUGGGAAAGAACUGUCCCCCUGGCGGAAGGAGGACCCCAGCCAGGCUCGGGGGUACUCCCUCAGGUGCUGACCACAAAGGGACAUCAUACCCCACGUGCGAUAGACAUGACAACUGGAAGGUAGAAAUCCUGGACAUUGGGAUUUCCGACAGUCCAGAGACAGAUGCACCAAAUUUGGGCGUAUCGCUCUCCAAUGUGUCACUAGAGCCACCAGCAGCUCUUGUCUCCCCACUGCCACCCCCCACUCCAAGCUUCCUGCUGGCAGGGAGUCUCCCCCUUUGUAUGUCCGUCUCCCUAUCUCACCCCCACCCCCCAGUGCCUUGCCCUGCGCUGGGCACUGCACCGGUGAUCAAUAAAUGUUGUCCCCUGAUUGGA